ACGAGCUCGGGGCGCUGCUGCGCGCUGCAUUUGCGCCCUCAGAAUUAGUGGUAGGCCACAGUGACUGGCAUCGGAGAAUUGUGCGUCAACAUGUGUCAAUAGCUAGAGACGAAGCCCCUUCCAUCUCGACAUCACCCUUGUUGUCAAUUGCCUUAUGCCCUCUAGAAGGGAUAAAAGGGAGACUUGCUUGCCCUUCCUCCUCCUCUCUCUACACCUAUACCUCUACCAACAAGACGAAGAAGCUGGUCUUCCUCGUGCAAGCCAAUCACUGAGGUAACUAUUCCCGCCUUCUCUACACCUCUACAUCUGCGAACGACACGAAGAAGCUGGUCUUCCUCAUCUGAUUCAAUCUUUCAGACACACACACACCCCUUUCCCUCUUCUUUCACAAUGCUCUCUCUCUCGACUCGCGCUCAUCGCCAGCUGGCUCUGGUCGUUCUCAUCCUUCUCUUCUCCACGCUCUGCAGCCUCCACGCCACUUCCGCGAUGCCGAUGCCACCAGGGCCUCAGAGCAACGGCAACACUGAGGCCCGCUCACAGGAGCGAGCCCUUCUUCACCGAGGACAUGAAAACGGUAAUCCAGGACCGGAAGAAUCCGGCGUGGUUCGGAAAUCAUCCAUGGAUAACCUAAGGAUGAUGAGCGGUGAAGGUGAAAGCAAACUUCUGGCUAAGGGUCGGUCUGAGCUCCUCGCUGGCAGCACACCACGCCCCAAAGAAUUGCAUGUCAAAAUAGCUAGUAAAGCGUCGAGGUUGUGGGACAAGGUGCGGAAGACAUUCAGGUUUAAGUCUGCAAAGUCUGCGAAGUCUUCGUCUGCGAAAUCUCUGUCUGCGAAGUCUCCGCCUGAGGAACCUGAGGAGCAUGAGGAGCCCUUCAACAUUGAGAUCGAGCGUAGCAAUGCGCCCGGAGAACAUGAAACCGCGGCUUUGUUGCAGAACUGGGACAAGAAGCGCAUCAGUAAAUUGCUCAUCGACCGCCCCAACCUGGGAGAGCAUCUCGAAGCGGAAAAGGCGGAGGACGCAAAGAAGCAGGGACUACUCAACCUGGAAGGACAGUACAGCCCGCAAAGCUCGCCUGAGCACGCCCUCAUCAGUAGUCACGGCUUUCACAGCCCGCAUGGUUCGCCCAUGCUUGAGGUCACUAAUUCUUACGGCUCCCCAAAGCAUGUAGAGGAGGAUCAUCUGCUCGCUGGGCCUUCGCCUACGCGCUUCCCCGACAUGAUGUUCCCGCGCAAACCCAUCACGAAGGCCCAGCUCUCCUCCUUCACCGAGUAA